UCCUAAUUCGUGCGACAACUUUACAUGCGACAUACAUUCAGGAGCAUGCCAUAAGUGUAUACACAAUACAUUAUACGGAAAGUCAUGCAAUGUGUCAUGCAGCUCAACAUGUAAGAACAACGAAUGUUUGCAAGACAGUGGAGCGUGUACCGGUGGUUGCAUUCCCGGUUAUUACGGUCUUCUCUGCGAUCGAAGAUGUCCUGAAAUGUGUUUAAGAUCUACAAACAACACAACCGCUUUGUGCGAUAUAGAUGGCGAUUGUAUCGAAGGAUGUGCGAAAGGAUUCUCAGGAAACAAAUGUGAUGUGAACGUACCCGUCCCUGAUGGAAAUGACAACAAGACUCAUCAACCUGCUGCUAUUGAAGGUGACACUACGAGAAAUCAACCUGUAGCUAUCAUUGCCGGGACAGCUGGAGGGGGCGUGGGACUGAUCAUAUUCAUAGUGGUUAUUGUGGUCGUUCUAAAACGGAGGAUACCUCAAGAUCGCGGAUCUCCUCGGAAUGUGUACGAAAAUAGCGCAUUUGAUGGAAUACCGUCUCUUGACACAGCUCGAACAGGCGGACUUGAAGCGUCAACGUCUGACUACAGUGACCUGAAUGAUAAUAUGAGGUCACAAAUAUAUUCAUCCUUGGCAACUAACGCUGCUGGAACACUACCGGACACGUCACCUACAUAUACAUACCUUGAUGCUAAUGCUAUGGGCGUAAAAUCAGAUGAGUCGAGUGUAUAUACAUCACUAGCUACAAAUGCUAAUUGAUUACGGAGAAUGCAUUCAUUAAACAGGUGACAUGAUAAGAAGAUAUUUAGUCUUUAUUGUAUAUAUUAUUCUUCAUAAAUAGUACAACAAGUUAUAGAAACUAGUGCAACAAGCGACACAAGCUAGGUGUGUUGGAUCAAUGUUGUAGUGCAUUUUGAAGCCUAGACAUAGUUGCCAAAUUAUAUAGGUUUUUUGUUUUUGUUUAAACAUACGAUG